AAGACUGAUCGUAUUCCACUGCCAAAUUUCCAUCACAGCCGAGGGAAAAAGUGCUCAGUGUUGUAAAAGAUGGGUGCCGGUUCAUCAAAGAACCUAGCCAGCGGCUCCUGUGGAGAUGUCAACUGGGAAGACCAAGGCGGAGCUUUGCUCCAUGUCUCCCUCAAAAUUGACGAUUUUAAGCUCAACGUCAAAUCCGACCUCAUUCCCCACGUCUUCGGCUCCGUCCCACUCGCUGGCCUCUGGGACUCCUCUAAAGCGCUUCCAAUGGAGCGCGAAUCAUCAUCAGUUUGGCAAUUGAGCUUUGUUGUCCCGCCUAAUCACGAAAUGCUGGAGUUUAAGUUUCUAUUCAAACCUAAGCAUGAUUCUGGGCCGUGUAUUGUGGAAGAGGGAGCUAAUCGUGUACUUGUUGGGGGGACACUUCAAGGAGAUCGGCAGACAGCAUUGUUUAAGUUCAAUGAAGAGGAGCUCAUUGAGUCUAAGGUGUAUAGUGUAGUGGGGUUAGUUUCUCCAUUUGAUCUUUCUGCAAGUUGGAGAGCUUUUCAUGAAAAUCGCAAGCCUUCCACUGUCAGAGGGAUGCCGGAUGUUAUUAUCAAUUCGAGUACACAGAUAGGCUAUGAGAGUGGGUCUUCUACGAACGCCGAGCUUGAUAUUGAGCGUUAUGUUGUUCCAUCUCCGGCACCAUGGGAAAACUCUGGACUGGUUUAUGCAGCCAACUUGACCGAGACUCCGAGAUCAUUGAAUGGUUCUGGGGAGAUGGAAGCAGAAGUCCAAGAUCAAUUCAAAGAGCCUUCAAAUUCUGGCAUGGUUGAGUCAACAUCUCUUGGAACCUUAUCGUUACAAAAUAACAAUACUCACAAAUGUACUUCUGUGGAUAGAGGUGUAGGGUCCCCCAGACUAGUUAAAUCACCCUGUACAACCACCUUCACUCUUGAUCCAAAUAUAAAUUUAGAAACAAAGAAUCCAAUGCCAGCUGCUGCUGGGGCUGUUGCUGCUGCUGCAAUUGCAGAUAGGAUGCUUGGGCCUAAGGAGGACAGGCAUCUAGCAAUCGUCUUGGUUGGUUUGCCAGCUCGCGGCAAAACGUUUACUGCAGCUAAACUUACUAGGUAUCUUCGUUGGUUAGGUCAUCAUACCAAGCACUUCAAUGUUGGGAAGUACCGGCGCCUGAAGCAUGGAACUAAUAAGUGGGCUGAUUUCUUUCGUGGUGACAAUCCUGAAGGUCUGGAGGCUCGAAAUGAGGUAGCCGCCCUUGCUAUGGAAGAUAUGAUAGCAUGGAUGCAGGAAGGUGGUCAGGUAGGAGUGUUUGAUGCCACUAACAGCACCUGGCAAAGAAGGAAUAUGCUUAUGAAAAUGGCUGAGGGGAGAUGCAAGAUUAUUUUUCUGGAAACAAUUUGCAACGACCCUGAAAUAAUUGAAAGGAACAUUCGACUCAAAGUUCAACAAAGCCCAGACUAUGCUGAACAGCCAGAUUUUGAAGCAGGAUAUAGAGACUUCAAAAACCGUUUGGCUAAUUAUGAGAAAGUGUAUGAGCCAGUUGAGGAAGGAUCUUAUAUCAAAUUGAUUGACAUGGUCAGUGGCCAUGGUGGACAAAUACAAGUGAAUAAUAUAAGUGGCUAUCUUCCGGGGCGGAUUGUAUUCUUCUUGGUAAAUAUGCAUUUGACACCCCGUCCAAUAUUGCUUACAAGACAUGGAGAGAGCCUAAACAAUGUUAGAGGCAGAAUUGGGGGUGAUACUGCUUUAAGUGAGGCUGGGGAGCUUUAUGCAAAGAAGCUUUCAAAUUUUGUGGAGAAACGUCUGAAAAAUGAGAGGGCUGCAUCUAUAUGGACUAGCACAUUGCAAAGAACAAUUUUGACAGCUGGCCCAAUUGUAGGAUUGCCUAAGAUACAAUGGCGUGCACUUGAUGAAAUAAAUGCAGGUGUAUGUGAUGGCAUGACUUACGAAGAAGUAAAGAAGAAUAUGCCCGAAGAAUAUGAAUCACGGGAGAAGGAUAAACUGAGGUAUAGAUAUCCUCGAGGAGAAUCAUAUCUAGAUGUUAUACAAAGGUUAGAGCCUGUGAUUAUUGAGCUGGAGAGACAAAGAGCGCCCGUUGUUGUGAUAUCUCACCAGGCUGUAUUGAGAGCAUUAUAUGCUUAUUUUGCUGAUAGGCCCCUCAAAGAAAUUCCAAACAUAGAGGUACCACUUCACACAAUUAUAGAGAUACAAAUGGGAGUGACAGGAGUCCAGGAGAAGAGAUACAAACUAAUGUAGUCCCCCGACCUCAUUCUUCAUCCGGUGUAGAAAUUGUCAGGUUUGGAAGGUUCAUACUGUUGUCAGUAUAAUACUCCGUAUUCGUUAGUAUGGGGAAGUUCUGAUUUGAAAUUGAGAUGGAGCAUUUUGAAAUUGAGAUGACCAUUACUGUUCUCAAUAUACAUUCUUUAUCCUAUGAUCAAUGUAAUGACAUCCUGGAGAGUCAACUAGCAAAGCACGAGCACUGAAAACUGUUUUGCAGAAAGCAAAUUCGAUUAGAAGUGGUUAAUGUACUGAUAAUGUGGCCAUUGAAUUUUGCAAAAAAUUACAUUAUACGGAGUAUGCUACUGAUAAAAAAAAAGGGGUAAAAAAUCC